AUGUUCCCCAAGGUUCAAGCCUGGAAGUUCAACGAAUUCUACGGAACCUGUACUACAUGCCCAGGGAUCUUGAGUAGAUCCCAGGACGAAUAUCGCUUCAUUCUGUAUCACAGAGUAGCCAUUGAGAGCAAGCCGCUGCAGGUUUAUCACUCAGGACUAAUUUUCAGCCCAAAAGAAAGUAUCACAAAAAGCCAGUUCGAAUUGCAAGAGCUGAAAAUAUCCGAGUCCUCAGGAAUUGAAGAAAAUGGAGCGAAUGCCUACAGACCCUGGAAGACCAUGACGAUAUAG